AUGGCCUCAAUUCUGUCAGAUAGUUCACUAUCAGACGUGGGCUCGCCAGAAGUGCCAACUGUCGCGGAGCAGAUCACAUCCUCAGACUUGCUUGGAAACCUGAAAGAUGAACAAGAAAGCCGCGAAGGGCCCCAAUCUAGCCAGUCGUUGACCGACGAGAGCGAAUCUCCACAGCGUAGCAAAGAUGCGGAUCAACUACGCAGUCUGGAAGGAGUAGAGAGCACAAAUUCUGAAAUUGAGAAAGCUGCUGCUACAAAGGUGAGAAAGGAAGAGGCCAAAAAGCUUCGUGAACAGCUGAAGCAGGAGCAGAAGCUUCAAAAAGAGCUCAAGAAGGAGCAGGAAAGAAAGGAUAAAGAGCUCAAGAAGGAACAAGAAAGGAGAGAGAAAGAGCAGAGGAAACUCGAAGAGAAAAAGCGCAAAGAAGAAGAGAAGAAAGAGCGAGAACGCAGGAGAGAAGAAGAAAAACGCAGUCGAGAGCUGAAGCGAGAACAGGAGAAGCGCGAGCGUGAGGUUCGCCGCGAGGAGGAAAAGCGCCGAAAGCUUGUAGAAAAGCUAAAAAUUGAGGAGGAAAAGCGAAAGAAGGAAGAAGCCAUCGAAAAAAGCCAAACCAGAAUUGGUAGCUUUUUUAAGAAGUCUAGUACCCAUAAAAAUGUUGUCUCAACCAAGACUGACUUCGAAAAGAGCUUCCUUCCUUUCUACAUUAAAGAUGGGACGAUCAUGGGUGAAAACUUUAAGAGCUCUCCGAAGGACCUCGAGCGCUCCAAAGCCGAGAUUGACGCCCAGAUGAAGCUGAGUUCGAAUGAGGAUGACACGAUAAAAUGGUUGGAGUCAUGCAGAGUGUCCAGAGGGCACCCGGUGAUGAAAUCCGCAGUUGAACUGAUACAAAUGAUGACUAGCAAAAACAAAACUAAUAAAGAGCUGGAACAACACCUGCAACAAAUCCCACACAAAUUCAUCAAAUUUUAUGAGAAUGUACGGCCGCCCUACAUUGGAACAUACUCUAAAUUCGUGGAUAUGCCGCGUGAUAAUCCCUUUACUAUCGAGUUGACAGGAUUCGACUACGAUUACGACUCGGACUGGGACUGGGUGGAUGAAGAGGAAGAAGAAGGCGGCGGAGUUGACGACCUCGAAGAUGGCGAUGAGGAAGAAGACGAUGAUGAUGAGCCAGAAGAAGGAACAGAUGGUGAAUUUGAAGGCUUUCUAGAUAGAGAAGAUUCACAAGGACCCCGAGAUGGAAAGAAGUUCCUAGGUCCACUCAUUCCAACAAUUAAAUUGCGGUCUCAAAUAAGCGAGUUGGACGAAGAUGACCAAUUGUACUUCCAAAUGGUGGCGGUCGAAUAUCUCAUUAAAGAGCAGCCCUUCCCUGUGGAUCCAGCGCAUUACCCUGUAGCAUCUUCGAAGAGAAGCCUCGUCGAAGCCUCUUUGCCUACCAAAGGCUCAAAAGAUAGCCCGACAGACGAUGGUACCUCAGAUGCGCGCUCAAAGAAGCCGAAAACGCUCGUUACAGAGCCAGUGGACCUACUGCGACUAUUUAACGAAGUCCACGAAAGCACAUUCUCGUUAGGGACAAUCACUGAGAUCCUGCAGAAAAAUCUUCCACAUUAUUCCAAAGAAACAAUUAGGAAUACCAUUAAAGAACACACCACGAGGCCUGCAACGAAAGCUGGAGGUUCCAGGAAGUGGGUUCUCAAGAACCUUGAUCACUGGGAAGCUUUGAAGCGCUCUCAUGGGUCAUUUUCUGCUAAUUAA